CAAGAUAAGUACUAUGGAAGGAAAGGCCACCGUGGAGUUUGAAAUACGUUUAAAAUGGCAAGACUCACGUAUUAAACUCACAAAACCUAAGAUAUCUGCGACGUUCCCGUGUGAGGAGAUCUGGACACCUGCCCUUUCCUUGUCCGCGGGGCUCUCCAAUAAAAUAGACGUUUACCCUCGCCGCAACACCAGCAGCUGUCAUUUCAACCAAGAAAAGAAGAGGGUGGAGGUGCAACUUGAAGAUCCACUGAUGGGUAUAACAUUCAUCGAGCCAGACAUCAUGCAAGAACAGAAGCUUACAGUGGAGCUCCCGUGCCAAUUACAACUGUCCAUGUACCCAUUCGGCAGGCACAUGUGUAACCUCACCAUUUUAGUAUCAGGUGCAAAAUGGAUAAAUAUCAAGGACGAAGAUUACCGGAAUAUCAAGUACCUUAAUGGGGCCCGCUAUGAUUUCCAUCUAGAGAAGAUAACAGCAGCGAGGCGCAAUAUAUUAUAUGAGACGGAUUUUAAUCAAGGGCGUGUGUCCUUAACCCUUCACCUGGUGGCUGAACCUAGUUACCACAUCACAAAUAGCUUCUUACCAAGCUCCCUCAUGUUUCUCAUCUGCUACUUGUCUCUUUUCUUCCCCACCGCGUGUUUCAGCGAGCGAAUAAUGGUUUCCCUGACAGCCCUCCUUGUCCUCGUGACCCUCUUCUCUCAGGCAACGAACACCUAUGUCAAAACACCGUACUAUAAGUUAAUUGACGUGUGGUACGUCGUGUUGAUCUUCCUCUGCUUUACUGUUGUGGUUGCUAAUGCGCUUGUCAAUUAUCUGAGGGUCGCAAAGGUACAAUCACAAACUGACUUAAUGAGGAAGUUGUUGGCUGCCAAAAGGUGCAACAGUGCCUUCCAGGAGUUCCUCGCGGCCUGUUUUGUGGCACUGGUAAUGGCAUUUGUCUUGUUCAGCCAAGACAUCCUGAAGGUGUGAGUGUGUGUGUGCCAAUGUAACAUUAAGGCCACCAAACUAUCGCACUGUUAGCAUUAAGGCCACCAAACUAUCGCACUGUUAGCAUUAAGGCCACCAAACUAUCGCACUGUUAGCAUUAAGGCCACCAAACUAUCGCACUGUUAGCAUUAAGGCCACCAAACUAUCGCACUGUUAGCAUUAAGGCCACCAAACUAUCGCACUGUUAGCAUUAAGGCCACCAAACUAUCGCACUGUUAGCAUUAAGGCCACCAAACUACCACACUGUUAGCAUUAAGGCCACCAAACUAUCGCACUGUUAGCAUUAAGGCCACCAAACUACCACACUGUUAGCAUUAAGGCCACCAAACUACCACACUGUUAGCAUUAAGGCCACCAAACUAUCGCACUGUUAGCAUUAAGGCCACCAAACUACCACACUGCUAGGAGCUUAGUACCAAUGCCACAGGGGGACACAGGAGGGACCUAAACACCUCCAACAUUCUCGUCAGAUGAGAACACAAAGGAAGAGUCUGCCGUCCACCUUUCCCUGCCUGAAUUCAGCGAGCAGGUGAAGGUUCUCCCCGAUACCUUGUGCCUCACCUUCCGUGCCCGUCUGUUUACUAGCAUGAUAACUGUUACGUAAGAUCACUAUAAUUAGUAUGUAGCUGUUGUCUUACUCUCUUUCCUCAUACUGGCUCUACUGCCCUGGUGAUGUAAUAUUAUCU